AUGUCACCUCACGAUCCCUCUCUUUCAGUAGAGCAGGCAUCGGACGAGAUAGUCCGCAUUGAACGUGACAGAGCAAGUUCGAUCGCAUCCAAGCCUCCCAUCAGCUCUCCGGCCUACGAGCCCAACUUCGAGAGGGUGGAGGCUAUUGUUUGCCCCAACUGCCCUGUUCACGGACGGCACUCUACGGGAUCCGUUCCGGGGUCUACUUUGACGUCUUCGGAACAUAGACUGUCUCCAGGUCUGAUAUCGGGUCGAUCCGCGUCGUCCCCGGCGGCACCACAUGUUACUGAAUGCGCUGUUGCCGCAUCGGACAGCAAAGUAGACAGCGAUCUUGAGUUCUCCGCCACCACAUUCCCCAAAGUCAGCGACGCAACCUCCUUGGCCGAGACGAUUGAGACGAUAUCAAGUUCCGGCCGAUCGCCAUCUACACCACUGUUCGAACCCAAGACUCCACGUGCCAUGGUCAUCAUUCGUGACGUUGAGUCUUUCGGCGUUGGGGGGAAGGGUUUCUCGGACUUGUCGGGUGAUUUUUCCGAUUUGAUUUGCACCGAUAGAAAUGUCGGCCCAACAGCAGAUGGGCCGCAAGUCGUAGCAGCAUAG